UCCCGCCUUCUUUCCUCAGCUCCUCUUUUUUUGCUUGGCACUAGGAAACACCGUUUGUCAUUGGCCAAGAAACAGCUACGAGAUGCCGUGUAACCAAUCCGCUCCCGCUGCCAGUGCGCCUAUUGGCCUGUGACCAUCAGCCAGUCAGAAAGCGGGAGUGCGGCGGUGGGUGUUUCCUUGGGACACUGGCUGUUGUGUUGUCUCGGGACACAUUUUCGGCGCGUGCCGCAGGUGCAGCUGCUGUGACACCCGCCGACCCUGCUGUGGUACAUUCGGGCGUACUGACCCGGUAACUCACAAGGAAUUGCCUAUUGUUUUUGCUUUCCGAUGCGGGACUAUUCUUCCGCCAUUUUGUACCACUGUAGGUAAUAGCCUAUUGGGUAAAGGCAAGAAGAAAGAUGUCCCAGCAACGUGUAAGAAGGAAUGGCUCUCCCACGCCGCCACCGACCCCGGUGCCAGGUGCUGCCCCAGGGAGUCGGCUGCAGCCCAUGAGGGCCACCGUACCUUUCCAGCUGAAACAGCACGGGAGCCCUACUCGGGGCUGCAAUAAUAACAAUGGGGCUGCCCAGCGAACCCCUCCCCGAACCGGCAGCCCCACACGGGCAGGAGGAGGAGAUGGCCUGGAAUCACCCCCGACAGUGACCAGCAAUCGAGGGAGCCCUACGGUGUCCACGCAAACAGGGGCGUCGCCCACGCGUGGGCAUCAUCAUCACCACUCCCACCAUCACCACCUUCAUCAUCACCAUCACCACCACAAUAACAACCAGCAUCCUCACCAGCAUGGGGUCGGCUCUCCUGCCUCCUCUCCCCCAGUCAUUACCAGUCCUGCUGACCCCUCCAUUGCAGGAAUCCCACCAGCCUCCUCAUCCUCUUCUCCCUCCCCUGUGGGUCUCUCAUCUGUAGGCAGACCUGGCUGGCAGCAAAGGGCCUCACCAGAGAGGAAGAGCCCCAGCUCCCCAAAAGGGGAUAAAACACAGCCUCCUUCAUUAAGUCCAUCAAGUUUAAUCCGGCGCACAUCUUCACUUGAUACACUUGCUGCUCCUUAUCUAUCAGGUCAUUGGCCUCGUGAUAAUCAAGUACAGGCAGCUCCUUGUAUGAAAGACCAGUCCACCCAGACGGAGAGUGCUUGGGCUGAAGAAUAUGCAGAGAAGAAGAAAGGGUCUCAUAAGCGCUCUGCAUCCUGGGGAAGCAACGAGCAGCUAAAAGAGAUUGCAAAAUUACGUCAACAACUUCAGAGAAGUAAACACAGCAGCAGACAUCAUCGGGAAAAAGACAGGCAGUCUCCAUUCCAUGGCAACCACUCUGCAAUUAACCAGAGUUCUAUGUCCAAAAACGUACUUACCCCAGUGACUAUUCCCAUUACAAAAUCCUCUGGGUCUCGAUUUCGCAACAGUGUAGAGGGGCUGAACCAAGAAAUUGAAAUAAUCACAAAGGAAAAUGGGGAGAAGGAAGAGCAACUCUUGAGGGUGGGAUACACCACUAUUCAUCUUGAAGCAUAUAUCCUUGUGGUUUCCCAGCAUGGAGACUGUUCAGGCCUUCUUGAUGUCAAUGGGAACACUUCAAUUGGUUUUCUGCACCUGCUCCCAAAGCCCCAAGAUAUCCCAGAUGGACAUCGUGCUCCCCCACCUCUAGCUCUGCGCAGUGUAGAUACUCAGACACCUGGAGGGGUUGACCGCAGAAGCAACAAUAGCAGCCGCCCACAAUCUGUGUCACCAGCCGCUUUCAUUACAAUUUCUAAUGAGUGCAACGAGGAAAGCCCUUGUCCAGUUGAUGACAAUAUUGCUGAUCCUCGAGACAAAGGGUGUUUGUUUUGGCCUGCAGAGAAUGGAAAUCAUUCCCCUCUUCCCAAGUAUGCUACUUCUCCAAAACCAAACAACAGUUACAUGUUCAAGCGAGAACCACCUGAGGGUUGUGAAAGGGUAAAAGUAGUUGAGGAAAGCACGCCUAAGCCUCUGCAUGAAAUUCCACCAUUUUACUGUCCAGAUAAGAACAAAGUGAAUUUCAUUCCAAAGAGUGGCUCUGCUUUUUGUCUGGUCAGCAUACUCAAGCCCCUUCUACCCAAUCAGGAAAUAACAUUCAAAGGCUCCAACCAUACUCUUACAGUGCCUUCUGGGAUACCAUCUUCACUGAUCCAAAACUUCAGCAUGACAUCCAUAUCAGGAAACCUAGAACAGGAACGUAAUUCUCGAGGGACAAAUACCUUUGCUCCCCCAUUGUCUCUGCUACACCCAUCAGGCCAAAUUGAUGAAGAAGAAGACUAAACACCACACUGGCUGUUCCUUGUUAGAGGGUCUGCGCUGCUCUGGUAACACAAGUGACUCAAAUGCAGUAUUUUCAUAAGCUCUUAAAUAAUAUUGACCAUAUUCUCUUUAAGCAAACUGGGCAGCAUGCAGAUGGAUACAUAUAUUUGUCAAGAUCUGCAAAGCACUAAUUCUUGUAUUAACAUAAAUCUUGUCUAAUAAUACAAUCUGGUGCCUCUAUCUGCAAAUUUUUAAUGAACUGAUGUAAAUGCUGCACCAGCAUUGUAUCAGAAAAGACUCUGUUCUCCUUGCUUUUUGGCCACUACUCACUGUGAUGCCAAGUUUCAUGCGCAGAACAAGACAAAUUGUCUCUCCCAUGAGAUCCGUCAUGUUAAGAGAAUAUAUGUAAACGUGUAAAUAGAAGGUUGAAAGUGAAAAUGAAUAGCAGAUUGGUGGUUAUGUGGUAUGUGUUACAUGGAAUUAGAUGUACUUCCUACGUCUUAAUCUUAUUGUACUUGACCACAUUGUGGAAUAUGUAUCCUACUUCUUUAGCCGAUAUUCAAGGGGAACUCCACACAAACAUAACUUAAGCUUUUGGAAAAACGUAAUUUCAAGCAACUUUGCAAUAUACAUCAAUUAAAAAAAUAUGCAGACUUU